GCAGCAGAAAAGUACCGCGUAGGCUUCCGCAAGUCGAGCGCGGCGACGAGAAAAAAGACGAACAGCUUUCGCAAGUGCUACAUCGCGCAGAAGAUCGUCUCUGUUCCGUGUGACGAGGAGGGAGAUGUGGUUGAUGGCUACCAUCCACAUAUCAGCAACCACCCGUCCGAUACAGCGUGCCCUCCGACAGGCGACAGUAUGUUCGAGGACAUCGACAUCACCCCUACGAAGACCAAGAAAUCGAAGAGAACGGAGCCGUUCCGUCGAGUGGGGUCACUUCACUCAGCGCUGGACAGUUCAGGCGAUGAGGAGUCGAGCGCCGACGAGGCACUUGCUGAGGCCGUCGAGGACUUAGUCACGGAAGCUGCACGCUGGCUCCGCGACGAAGAAGACCGAGAGCGUCGACGAGUAGAGAAAGUCGCACGCAGACGUCGCGCUGCUACCCCACUGGUCGUCCUCAGCUCGAGUUCGGCCACAAGCACAUGGAGCUUCAUCGCCAGUAACUCGAGUCCCCUGCCUGUACAGUCGAGCCUGCAGACCUCUACGACAGCUUCUCAGACUAAGAGGUGGAAGAGCAUCGCGCAAGAGACGGCAACCUCUACGUCAGCGUCUCAGACCAAAAGGCAGAAGACGGUCGCGCAGGAGGAGACGCUGAGAGCAUCCAGCUCUGAUCGAGCAACAACGCCCGUGAGUGUUGGCAGUGAGACUGUGCGCUCGAAAGGGAAGAGCAACAACGGUACAGGAGGGGCUACAACCCUGUCGAAGUCCACGGUGGCAAAGAAAUCAUCGAAGCGUGUGUGCAGCAUACUUUAGAGCGGGGCGAAAUCACGCGUGAAUUAUACAACACGACGAAAGAGAGGUGGCGAUGAGAAUAACUGAAGAAAGCUCCUGGUUUUAGGGUGAUUGAAUUUGUUCCAAACAGAGACUGGAUACAUGUUGGCGGAGAUUUA